AUGGUGAUGGAGAAGCCAAGUGCCCAGCUGGUCGGGCGAGAGUUUGUCCGACAGUAUUACACACUCCUGAACCAGGCCCCCGACUACCUGCACAGGUUCUACGGGAAGAACUCCUCCUACGUGCACGGUGGCCUGGACAGCAACGGCAAGCCGGUGGAGGCCGUUUACGGACAAUCCGAGAUCCACAAGAGGGUGAUGGCCCUGAGCUUCAGGGACUGUCACACCAAGAUCCGGCACGUGGACGCCCACGCCACCCUGAACGAGGGCGUGGUGGUGCAGGUGAUGGGCGAGCUCUCCAACAACAUGCAGCCCAUGAGGAAGUUCAUGCAGACCUUCGUCCUGGCCCCCGAGGGGACGGUUGCAAACAAAUUCUACGUCCAUAACGACGUGUUUCGCUACCAAGACGAGGUUUUCGGGGACUCCGACUCGGAGCCACCAGAGGGUGAGGACCUCCUCUCAGAGAAGAAGACCCGCUCUGCCCGGGAGGGCGACCGGCGGGACGUGAGGCCGCGUGGCCCCGGCGGGCCCGGCGGCCCCCGGGAGCGUGUGGGGGGGGGCGGCGGCGGGCCCCGGGGGCCCCCGCCCCGCGGGGGCAUGGCACAGAAGCCCAGCUUUGGGUCGGGACGGGGCUCGGGCCCCAGCGAGGGCCGCUACCCCGCCCCCCGCCAGUGA